AGUGGGGCUACCCCAUUUGAAAUUCCACCGUUCAGUGUACUCCUCAUUCUUUUUGUUUGUCUUCUCGGCGUAGAGGUUCUCUGCUUCGUAUUGCAAACUGCGUUGCACGCGUCGUGCUGUUCUCCCUUUAAACCGCUUUAGAUCUGACCAGGAAAAAGAAAGUUGAGAUGGCGCCUCGCUCUCUGGCAGGAUGGAGCAAAGCAUUGUUUCUGCUCGGUGCCUUGCUCCUCUUCUGCAGCGCCACGGUGAACGCCGCCAACGUCGCCGCCUUCGCCGCCGCCAUUCAGUCGGCGCUCCGCAGCAUCGCACCGGGCUUUGUGACAUACUACUCGGCGCUGGUCGGCGCCCCUGCCGUGAAGGCGCACUUCUGCACCAACAGCAUCCUUAACAUGGCUCCUGGUCUGGCGCUCACGAUGGAGUCGAUCGGCGCGCCGUACGGCAUUCAGGCCACCGCCGCGGGUUUGGUCAUUUACAAAGACAACUUCGUCUACGGCCCUGCGAUGCACCUGAUCGGAACCAGCUACCGCAUCGCCGACGGCAGCCCGGCAACCGGCGUGCAGCAAGGCAACAGUCUUCUGAUGCCCUACACGCCGAACUCCAUUGUGAUGGUGACGGGUACCAUGACCAGUGGCAACAACACGAACAUCCUGCCGCUGGCAACGUAUAUGAUUCUGGAGGGCUAUCUGUGCAACUCCAUGUACGCCGACACCACCAGCCUCUCCGCACCGCUGGCGGACCUCUUCACCGCGUUUGCGAAUGCCGCCGUUCCGUCGUAG